AUGCCUAAGAAAAUUUCAUUUCAAGUUGUUCAUUCUUCCGGAUCAGAAGAGGGUUACUUACCGGGAGAUUUAGAGGCUCAUUCUCCUUACUCGAAAGGAUGGCAAUCUUCAAGAUUUUGUGUAUACCCCCAAGAACUGAUAAUACAAUUUGAGAGGAAAAUACAGUUGAGCAAAGUACAAUUUCUUUCUCACCACUUUUUAAUUGCUUCCAAAGUUGAGUUAUUUAUUGGUGGCUCAGGAAACGAUAAUUAUCCCUGGCAUUCCUCCAGUUACACCAGACUUGGUUACAUUACACUAUCAGACAAUGCCACCACCGGCUAUAAGGCGAGAGAAUUAAAAUCAGUGUUCCUUGAAGGAGACGCGCGUUUCAUCAAAAUAUUAUUACAUAAAAAUCACGUCAACAAAUAUAACCUAUACAACCAAGUUGGCAUGGUAGCUGUAAAUGUUCUUGGCGAUUUCAUAGACGAUGGUGGUGACGGUUCACACUUAAAUGAUUACAAUACUAUAUCUUUACGAAAUAAAGUAAAUAAUGCCUUUAAUGAUCCGCUAAAGAAAACAGUACGAAUUGAGCGAUUAUCACCUUCAGAUGAUCUUGUAUUCGAUUCAUACCAAGACGCUGAAAUUUCCAAGCUUGUGCGUAAACUUGACGAUAAAAAACAUGACGCCGUCCUAGCUGAACGUUAUGAAUAUGCAAAAAAGUUAAAGUACGCCAUUUCAGAAUUACAAAAGGCUGCUGACCGACUAGGCAGAUAUGAAAUGGAAAAACGUCGGGCGAUUGAGAUUGAAGAUUAUGACUCAGCUAAGGCCAAAAAGAUAACAAUGGACGAAUAUCGGUUGCAAGUAUAUCGAGAACUUAAUUUAAGAGAAUUGUUGGAGUUACAGCCGAAUCGAACUACCGACAGAUCAAUGUUAGAUAAUGUUAUGAAGGAAAGCUCAGAAGCGAAAACACAAAAUCAAGAUGAUCAGGAUUCAGUAUCCUCUGUCAAGCCUGAAGAACGACCACCUCGACCUGUCGUACUAACACCAAUUGCUGGACAAACAAAUACUCAGGCUAGUGAUACUUACGAAAGUUACGACAGCAAGCCGCUACCUGCAGUACAAAAAAAGUCACCGGAAAAAUUUGAAAAUGAUAAACCUCUUCAUACUGAGGAAGAACCCGAACCUCUUACAGAUAAGCAGCUUCGGGAAGCUUCUGAUGUUUUAGAUGUCCUUGGUUUAGAUAUUGUAAAAGGAAUUUAUUCUCGAAACUGGUCAAUCCGAGAGAAGUCUUUUCUAAAUUUAUCGAACAAAGUGCGAGAUAGUGAGGCACCAAUCGCUUCGAGUGAUUCGAAAGAAGUAGUACGCGGAUGUAUUUUUGCACUUAAAAAAGGAACGAAAGAUAACGUGUUUUCUGUAUAUUCACGUGUUUUGGAGUUAAUGCGGAUACUAUUAACCCAGUAUAUGACUAAGGCCAACAGUAAUUGCAGUAAGCCAGAAUUUGCUAAUGUGGUUGAGAAGAUUUUGCCAUUAUUGAUUUUAAAGACUGGAGAAACGGCUGUAAGGUUAAGGACAGUAACGAUGGACUUCAUUUUAGAAAUUGCUAAGUAUCCAGAAAUUCAGCCGCCCCGACGAUUAGCCGAAAGUAGAAUUGAAUUAUUAGCAUCGCUUCACAAGGAAUUCGGAUUGGGAAAGAAAAGCGGAAUGACUAUUUCGAAUAUGAUGAACUUUCUGAAUGUAUGCUUAGAUCAUACAGCUGGCGAAGUUCGCGAUGGAGCAAUAAAGUCAAUAUUUGAACUGUAUAAAGUGUCUGGCAAUGAAGUAAGAAAGCAUCUUCCUCCAGACGAACCAAAUAUUCGUAAAAGUACAAAGUACAGGAUAAUUUUUGAGGGCUUCGAUAAAAUUGAUGGAAAGCCGACAGCUGCGGAACUGAAGAAACAAGCGGAAGCGGCAGAAAAGGAUAAACAGAAAGAGAUCCAGGCUCUAAAGGCCCAAUUGAAUCAAUUGAAGCAAAUGACUAAUGCUCAGCAACAAGGUGACCCUAACUUAGCGCAAAUUCAGGAAGCAGAGUCGAAUGAUAGCAAUAAUCUUCAUAUGCCCCAGGACACCGAUAAAUCUGCGGACAGAGUUAAUAAGAGUAGAAAUCGGAGCAAAAGCAAGUUGAUCAGUCGUCGAUCUUCGCAUAGGCCUGAAGAUACUGCUAGUGUAGCAACAAUGGGAACAGAAGGCGAUCAGCUUGGCUUAGAAAAGACAUGUAUAUUUUGUGGAGAAGUAAAUGAAAAUUUUUCAGAGCAAGGCCUGGAUAUACAUUAUUGGAAAUCAUGUCCUAUGUUGAUGAAAUGCCAGCAUUGUACACAGGUUGUAGAGAUUUCAAACAUGAAUGAUCAUCUUACCUCCGAGUGCGAAUCAAAAGAAAAAUUCACAAACUGUCCAACGUGUGGCAAAGCUGUUUUAUCCGAUACUUUGCAGCAGCAUGAGAAUAGUAGUGACUGUAUUAAAUCCGAAAAACCUCUGUGCUAUUUGUGCCGACUUGAGAUUGAAAAUGAUACGGAUGAGGCUUGGAAAGCUCACCUUAUGGAAAGUGGUAGAUGUGAAGCUAAUAAGAGAAGAUUGGAUAAGAAUAAGGAAAAGAAGCCUAAAACAAAUGUCAAAAAAUCAACCAACAAUGCUAAGCCAGCAAACACCAAAUCAAAGCCGACUAACCUGAAUACAAAAGGAAAUAAUGCUAAGAUAAAGAAAGAUACGAAAGAUGCCAAGCCUGGAUCUACACGAAUUAAAUAA